AUGUCUGUUUCCGCGUUCUGGCACCGCCACAAGGGCAAGCUCUGGGAUACCCUCGACAAAUCUCCCAAGGAGAGAUACAUGUACUUCAAAAUUGAUUUCUGGAUCCUGACGUACGCAUGCGUGGGGUAUUUCUUGAAGACCUUGGACCAGACGAACCUGUCCAACGCUUAUGCGUCGGGCAUGAAGGAAGACUAUGGUUUCCAUGGCAACCAGUAUAACAUGGCCAGCAGCACGCUGUUCAACAUCGGCUACAUUGUGGGCCAGAUCCCCAGCCAGAUGGUCCUCACCAAGGUCCGUCCGUCAAUUUGGUUGCCCACAAUGGAGCUCCUGUGGGGGAUCUGCUGCAUGUGUCUAGCUGCAACAAGCAAGUCGCAGGCGGGUGUCAAGCAGGUGUAUGCAUUGCGGUUUCUGAUUGGCCUUUUCGAAAGUACGAGUUAUUGCGGUCUCAUUGGACUUCUCGGCCAGUGGUACACUCCGUCGCAGCUCGGCAAGCGUGCGGGCAUUUUCCAGAUCUCGUCCUCGCUCUCCAACAUGUUCUCCGGUUAUCUUCAGAGCGGACUGCACAGCGGCAUGAACGGCGUGCAUGGCCUCGCCUCGUACCAGUGGCUUUUUAUUUUUGACGGAAUCAUCACAAUCCCGGUGGCCAUCUACGGCUACUUUGCGAUCCCAGACGCUCCACACGAUUCCAAGUCGUGGUGGUUGAAAAAAGACGAGAAAGAGCUGGUUAUCGCCAACUUGGACGCCGUCAAGCGGCAGCCACGCAAGAAGCUCACGCUCAACUCGAUGAAGGCACUGUUUUUCACGUGGCCCGUGUGGUUGUUCUCCACGGCGUUCAUCUUUCACGUCGUGGCCAUCAAGCUGUACAGCUACAUGAAUCUGUGGCUCAAGUCGGAGCACUACUCGGUGUCACACAUCAACACAUACCCGACAGCCGGUUAUGCGGUGCAGAUUGUGUGCACCAUUUUCAUGACGUGGACGUCCGACAUCAUCGGCAAGAGAUGGCCAAUGAUUGUGGUUUUCUGCACGGUCUCGGUUAUAGGGUGCAUAAUCCUCACCAUCUGGCCUACACAUAACCACGUCGCCAUGUUUGUGGGCUGGUACCUGCUCUUUGCGGAGACAGGUUGCGGCGUGCUGUACAUGUCGUGGAUCAACGAGACCAUGAGCCACUCGGCCGAGCAGCGGUUCGUCUGCAUCGGCGUCGUCGAGGCGCUCGCCUUCACGUUCCAGGCCUGGCUGCCGCUCAUCAUCUACAACACCACCAACGCACCGUACUUUGGAAGCGGCUACCCGACCGCGCUCGCCUUUUUCGCCGGCGAGGCAGUUAUGGGGUGCGCCAUUGCGUACCUGCUCUACAAGGAGGCCCACGGCUUCUCGUGGCUGCUUGAGCGCAGAGACAACGACUUCCGCCGGAUCACGAAAACAGAGUUUGUCAAGGAAAACGAGGACUCGCAUAUCGUGCAGACGUACGAGCAUGCAGAUGACAAGUCUUUGUCUAUGUAG